GAGAGAGAGAGAGAGAGAGAGAGAGAGAGAGAGAGAGAGAGAGAGAGAGAGACCGCAAAAUCUGCCAAGCCUUCCUGGUGCGAGGAUCUAGCCUUCUCUCGACACCAGUCUGUCGUUAAGAAACGAUGAGCUCGUGCAGUAGCCGGACCCUCACACUCCUGUCCUCUGUGUUUGGGGCCUGUGGCUUGCUGCUGGUGGGCGUGGCCGUCUCCACUGACUACUGGCUGCUGAUGGAGGAGGGCAUUGUGCUGCAGCAGAACCAGACCACAGAGGUGAAGAUGGCCCUCCACUCUGGCCUCUGGAGGGUCUGCUUUGUGGCCGGAACAGAGAAAGGGAGGUGUGUGGCCUCAGAAUAUUUCACCGAGCCUGAAAUAGAGAUCACGACUGAGAACACUGCAAACAUACUGAAAAUGGUCCGGACAGCCACGCCCUUCCCCAUGGUGUCCCUGCUCUUCGUCUUCACCGCCUUCGUCAUCAGCAACAUCGGCCACAUCCGGCCGCAGCGCACCAUCCUGGCCUUCGUCUCCGGAAUCUUCUUCAUCCUGUCGGGGCUGAGUCUGGUGGUGGGGCUGGUGCUGUACAUCUCCAGCAUCAACGACGAGGUGAUGAACAGGCCACGCGAGCCAGAGCUCUUCUUCCACUACCACUACGGCUGGUCCUUCGCCUUUGCCGCCAGCUCCUUCCUGCUGAAAGAGGGGGCAGGGGUCAUGUCGGUGUACCUGUUCAUGAAGCGCUACGCCGAGGAGGAGAUGUACCGGCCACACCCAGCCCUCUACCGCCCCCGCCUGUCCGAGUGCAGCGACUACAGCGGGCAGUUCCUGCACCCCGAGUCCUGGCCGCCCCCCCAGAGGGGCCGCAGCGCCUCUGAGGUCUCCAGCGACAUCUCCAUCCAGCUGAACCAGACGCCCCCGCCCCCAUCCAAAAACAACCCCCAACAGAUUCCCCCCGCCGGGGUCAUAGCAGCGUCUUCGGGCUCCUCGUCCGGGGCCAGCUACAAACUGCCCCCUCCCUCCUCCUACCCCCACUCCCACGCCCUCCACCCCACCCACACCCUGUCUCACGUCCCGCCCUCCCACUCAACCAGCCCGCCCCAGGCCCUGCCAUUGGCCAUGCCCCCCUCGGCUGUGCCGCCUCCCCACUACCACGCGCACCUGCGUAUGAGCGCCUCCCCCUGUUAGAUGGAAGGAUUGCGGGAUGACACACAUACUGUGUUUAAUGCGGUGUAAUGCAUUGAACAGAGCCCCUCACACCCACACGCACACACAGGGAGGGAGCCAGGUUGACUGAAUCAUUGAAAGCAGGGUUAGAUGAGGAUUGAGAUGUGUGAUAUAUGUGCACAAAACAAGAGCAUAAAUUUUAACUUGCUUUUAGGAAGCAGCAGAGAGAUGGGAUACAUUAUUAUUUAUGACUGAGAAAGAAAAAGCAGGGUAAGAAAGGAGAACACACAGGGAUAAAACAAAGAAGGGGACAGGAGGUAUAUAAUAUAAUUAUAUGAAAUAAAAUAAUAUUGUAUAUGCAUAUAGAUUUCUACAUAUACUGUAUGUAAACUUGCUGUAGUUAUUAACUUUAAGACUGUCAUGUAAUUAAUUUCAUUCAUCCUUGAAUUCUUAAAACUGUCUUUCUUCUUAUGUCUUUCCAUUUCUUAUUUUCAUAUAAAAUUACAUUUAUGAAUAUGAA